AUGGAUGAAGAGAUGCAAUCCCCGGACGAAGGACCAUGCGCCCCUAAAAUGAACCGUCUUCAGCGGGGUCCGUACAGCUCCCUAAAAAUGUUCCAGACCAAGCGCGCGGCUGGUAAGUCGCGCUUUGAUAGGUCCGCUAUAGUUGAGGUACCACUGCUCGGAGAUGGAGGGGGGCACCAGUUCACUUUCCAUCCCGGACAGCCUCAUCCUUUCCAGCCUCACCAUCAGCAGCAGCAGCGCCCGCAGCUCCCCCAGACCUGCCCCGCGCCGAGCAGCAGCCAGCAGCUCCAGAUGCUCCCACAGCAACAGCACCGACUCCCAUGUGAGAGCAGGCCUAGCAGCAGGGUGCCCACCUCCACCUCAGCAUGCGGCCAGCAGCGGCGUGCCAGCGGAGACGUAGAACCCAGGUUCUCCCCUGGAAGAGCUUCUCUAAGUCAAGCUCCAGACUGCACCUUUGCCAUCAGCUCAGAAAACCGUCUCAUCUUGGAUGCCUUUGCCCAGCAAUGUAGCAGAGUCCUGAACCUCCUGAACAACGGGCGUCUGCUGGAGCCCUCUCAUUCCUUCAUGUCCAACAUAAAGGUGGAGGACAGCCCAGGGGAGGGCCCAGGCCUUCAUGGCCCUGUCCUGGGGAAGACCAAAUCUGAGGAGAGCUCUUCUACCACAGACCUGGAGGAGGAGGCUCAGCCAAGCCAUGUAAGCCGGCAGCAGACCUCCGCGCUGCGCAUCUUCACCGACUCCCUUCAGAACUACCUGCUGUCAGGGCCCCAGCAGCAGCCCUUGCUGGCCCCAGGCUUGGAGAACGAGAGCCCACCUGUAGAGCCCAGCUCUGGGCUGUCCCCUCAGAGGCACAGCCUCGGGGGCUGGGGCUCCCCCACACCCUCUGAGUCCUAUGGCCACCCGUCCUCCACUCUGCCCGAGGAGGAGGAGGAGAGCUGCUGCCCCCGCUGUGUGGAGCUGGAACAGGAGGUACUGUCCCUGCAGCAGGAGAAUGAGGAACUACGAAACAAACUGGACAACAUCCCAGUCCCAUGUCAGAAUGUUCUUGACUACUUCAAGACGGUUCUUGAUUUCCACAACCAGCUGAUUCAGCCAAUGCAUGAGGAACCAUUUAUUGAGGAGGAAGAAAGGCAUUCAGUUUUUGAGGGAAGUAAGCAGCUCUUGGAGAACUACCCCCUCUUCAUCACUAACAAACAAUGGGAUGAAGCGGUCAAUUCCUCCAAGAAAGAUGGCCGACGACUGCUGCGGUACCUGAUCCGGUAUGUCUUCACCACAGAUGAGCUGAAGUUCUCCUGUGGGCUGGGCAAGAGGAAGCGCUCUGUGCACUCCGGGGAACCAGGACUGGAGAGGCGACCUCUCAACCCCAUCAAAGUCAGCUGCCUCAGAGAGUUUAUCCGGAUGCACUGUGCCUCAAACCCGGACUGGUGGAUGCCUUCUGAGGAGCAGAUAAAUAAAGUGUUCAGUGAUGCCGUGGGCCAUGCGCGCCAGGGCCGGGCAGUGGGUACGUUCAUGUGCAGCAGUGGCAGCAGCACCAGCAGUCUCUACACAGAGGCCUUUGAUGGGCACUUAUCACAGGAUGAACUCUAUCUGAAAAGCUGCUCGAACGGCCCUUGCGACUGAAGGUAAAACAUGGGAACAGAUUGCACAUGCCUGAUCUGUAGCUGUACAACAACAUAUCCCAAAACUAUGACCUUAUCCUGUCCUGUUACUAUAAAGAAAACAUUCCAAACUAAUGGGAAAAAGGUUACUUUACUGGUUGGUAGGAGUUACUUUAAUGGUUGGUAAUGUAAAGUGUCAGAUGAACAGUUCUAAGCGUUCAGUCCAUGAUAUAUUACAGCAUUGUCUUUAUCACUUUAAGUAAUGUGACUUUUUAAAUUUCUAUUUUCUUUCUUAAAUCUGACACAGCACAUAGCAGUUUUCAUUUCAAUUAGCACCUUUACAACAAGUUUUAUUUGCAAGAUUUAAAAGAAGUUAUUUGUUACAAAGUUAUGAGAACAGUCCAUUGAAUACACUAUGUCCUGUGCAGUUUUACUUCACAUGAAUAUGUUUGUCGUUUAGAGCACUUAUGUUGUAAGCACACAGUUUUCUUUUGUACACACUUGUAUUACCUGCAGUUAGCAUGUGUCCAUGUCUGGGUUAAUUAUAUAUACUCCUUCAUGAUGGACUGUAUCUUUACUACAAUGUAGCACUGUUUUGUUUUGUUUUUUAAGGCAGUUGCCAUACAUACUUGAAUGCCUUAAACUUCCUUCAUCAACUAUUAUUCCUAUGCUUAUGUAUUCGCACAUCAUAAUCUAUGAAGGAUUUGGUGAAUAAGUUUAUGAAACGCACUUGGUUUUAAAUGAGAAUCUUAUUUGCACUUAUCAGCCUCACUGAAGCAGAGACAGUGAGGAGUCAGCAUUUAUGCCUUUCUGAAUGACUCCACAUAUUUGUAUUGUAUUGUAAUGUGUACAAUUCCCUUCGAGCUACUGUUUUCUAUGGUUGAAUGUACAAGAUAUCGUAUAUUCAGAAUGUUUGCCACUUAGUGUAAGUGUUUUAAAUAGAACACAACUGUGUGAGGUGUUCUCUUCCUCAAAGCCAAGUAGAAAAGUGCCACAGAAACCCUCACUAUUGGCCUCUGUCCUUGUACUGUUCCUGAUGUUUCUUAUUAUUAAAACUCAGCAUUUUGAUGGCAUAGGCAUAUUAUCCUCAAAGUUCUACUCACACUGUGAAACACAAGUAGUUUUUUUACUGAUUCAAAUGGCGUUUUUGUUUAUUCUAAAUAAAUUACACUUGAAAUUG